AUGAGAUUACGAAACAGAAGCCUCAGUCUGCAGGACGUGACGCUCAUGUACCUUAGCAUGCUGGCAACUCUGGUGGUGAUCCUGGUGGCAUCAUACCAGGCAAGCAGCAGCUCCACUGGGGCCAAGCUGCCUUACCACAUUCCGCUGGAUCCAAGAGGCAAUAUACAGCUCUCCUGGAACGUCAGUUACGCCCUCCAGGAGCUCUACCUGGAGCUGCAGGUGAGCAACCUGCACCAAGGCAUCGUUUUUGGCAUGUCUGACCGGGGGAAGCUCGUCAACGCCGAUUUGGUCAUCCUUUGGACUGAUGGACACAAGUCCUACUUUGGGGAUGCCUGGAGUGACAGUGACGGUCACGUGACCCUGGACAGCCAGCAGGACUACUACCUUUUAGAGGCGCGCCACACACCUGAUGGCUUCCACCUGCUCUUCAAGAGGCCCUUCAGCACUUGUGACCCCAGGGACUACAUCAUAGAGGAGGGCACAGUUCAUCUGAUUUACGGAGUGCUGGACAAGCCCCUCACCUCCCUCCAGCAGCUCAACCUGUCUCUCAUCCACUCUGGAGUUCAACGUGUUCUUCUCCUCCGGCCAGACACCACCUCCCCCCCACUGCCCAAAGACGUUCAGACCCUAGAGGUCCUGGCACCCGCAGUCACCAUCCCAGAACAUGAGACCACUUACUGGUGCCACAUUUACCAGCUGCCUCCAGACAUGCCCAAGAGCCAUAUUGUUAUGUACGAGUCUGUGAUCACCCCAGGCAAUGAAGCCAUCGUCCACCACAUGGAAGUGUUUGAGUGCGCCCCUCAUCUGGAGAGUGUGCCACAGUUCAGUGGCCCCUGUGACUCCAAAAUGAAGCCCAGGAACCUGAACUACUGCCGACACGUGCUGGCCGCCUGGGCCAUGGGGGCAGAGGCAUUCUACUACCCCCCCGAUGCUGGGCUGCCUUUUGGGGGGCCAGGAUCCUCCAAGUUCCUUCGUCUUGAGGUGCACUAUCACAACCCUCUCCACAUCUCAGGUCGCCAGGACUCAUCUGGGAUCCGUCUGUACUAUACACCCACCUUGAGGAAGUAUGAUGCUGGGAUCAUGGAGCUGGGCCUGGUCUACACACCAGUCAUGGCCAUCCCACCCAGAGAACAGUACUUCCAGCUGACUGGAUACUGCACCGCCAAAUGCACCCAGACAGCCCUGCCUCCUGGAGGGAUCCACAUCUUCGCGUCCCAGUUGCACACUCACCUAGCAGGGCGUGGCGUAAGGACGGUGCUGUCAAGAGGGGGUCUGGAAGUGGAGGUUGUACAGGAGGACAAACACUUCAGCACCCACUACCAGAUAAUCCGAACAUUAAAGAAGAUGGUGAAUGUAUUACCUGGUGAUGUCCUUCUGACCAGCUGUGUGUACAACACUGAGGACAGAAACAAAGCCACAGUGGGAGGCUUUGGGAUUAUGGAGGAAAUGUGUGUGAAUUACGUGCAUUACUACCCACGCACCCAGCUGGAACUGUGCAAGAGCCACGUGAACCCCGGAUACCUGCAGAAGUACUUCAGCUUCAUGAACAGGUUUCAGGGGGAUGACCCCUGCAACUGUGGGCAGACCAGCGUGACUGAACAGUUUUCCUCACUGACCUGGGACACCUUUACCGCGGAGGUGCUGAACUCCCUCUACAACACCGCCCCCAUCUCCAUGCACUGCAAUAAGUCCACAGCUGAGCUGUUCCCAGGAGACUGGGAGAAACAGGAGCUGCCCCCGGUCACCAGCCAUCUUCGGACACCCCCGUACCCAUGCGAGAGUGGCAGGCAUCCCCCCGAACGGCCCAGCUCCCCCAUGGAGGUGCUGUCCCCCAGCGGGCCCUGAGACGCCUCCCAGCGGUGACUUUAACCCCUGUCUGGCC